CUAUUGUGAGACUAAAGUUGUGUGUUGUGUUCAGGCGCUGGUGUUUGCUGUUCCUCCGUGUUCGAAAGCUCCGAUCCCACUCUCACGCUGGUGUGGUGGGUUUGAACGCACUCCUCCUCAGCAGAUCCUGAUGUCGAGAUUGUGUUUUUGAGAGCUAGCAGGAGUGUUAACCCCAUAUAAUCCGUGUUUGUUUCCAAUGAAUCAGCUGAUUAGGGUGAGUGCUCCUCAGAAGCCUGUGUGAUCUUUACUCGACCUGUGGGAUAUUUCGCACACAUCUCGAGCUGCAUGUGAGGAAGAAGAGAAGAAGAUGCCGUGCACCUGUGAAAACUGGAGGAGAUGGAUCAGACCCCUGGUGGUGCUGCUCUACAUCCUGCUCCUGCUGGUGGUCCUUCCUCUGUGCAUCUGGGAGCUGCAGAAAUCAGAGGUUGGCACCCACAACAAAGCCUGGUUCAUCGCAGGCAUUUUUGUCUUUAUGACAAUCCCAAUAUCACUUUGGGGGAUACUUCAGCAUCUGGUGCACUACACCCAGCCCGAGCUGCAGAAACCCAUCAUCAGGAUAUUAUGGAUGGUUCCAAUCUAUAGUUUGGAUAGCUGGAUUGCGCUGAAGUACCCAAACAUCGCUAUCUACGUGGAUACGUGUAGAGAGUGCUACGAAGCUUACGUCAUUUACAAUUUCAUGAUCUUCCUGCUGAACUACCUGGGGAAGCAGUAUCCCAACCUGGUGCAGAUACUGGAGGUGCAGGAACAGCAGAAACACCUGCCGCCGCUCUGCUGCUUCCCGCCCUGGCCCAUGGGAGAGGUUCUGUUGCUGAGAUGUAAGCUGGGGGUUCUGCAGUACACUGUAGUGAGACCCGUCACCACAAUCAUCGCAUUGAUCUGUGAGCUUUGCAACGUUUACGACGAAGGCAACUUCAGCUCCAAAAAUGCCUGGACCUACUUAGUCAUCGUGAAUAAUCUCUCCCAGCUCUUUGCCAUGUACUGCCUGGUGCUAUUCUACAAAGCCUUAAGAGAAGAACUCGGCCCCAUCAGACCUGUGGGCAAAUUCCUGUGUGUCAAACUCGUCGUGUUCGUGUCCUUCUGGCAGGCGGUGCUCAUUGCGUUGCUUGUGAAGAUCGGAGUGAUUUCAGAGUCUCACACCUGGGACUGGGACAGCGUGGAGGCCGUGGCCACCGGACUGCAGGAUUUCAUCAUCUGUGUGGAGAUGUUUUUGGCAGCCAUCGCUCAUCACUUCAGCUUCACCUACAAGCCGUACAUUCAGGAAGCAGAGGAAGGCUCCUGCUUCGACUCCUUUUUGGCCAUGUGGGACGUGUCAGACAUCCGGGCCGACAUCUCUGAGCAAGUGCGCAAUGUCGGCCGAACGGUUAUGGGCCGCCCCAGGAAGAGCUACUUUGCCCGUGACGCGGAGCACGAUGAACACAGAGGGCUGCUGUCCUCCAGCUCCCAGGACGCCGCCGUCGCCGAAGUGUCCUCAACUCCUCCGUCUCCGUCAGGACACUAUAAGGGUCUCGGACACACCCGCCCCCCUCACUCCCGCUCGGCUCCCGCCGAACUCUGCUCCACACCCUGGGAGGGAGACGUCGACGACGUGGAUGACAUCAUUCCCACCGUCCUGUCCGGGGAUCCCAAAACCCAGUCGCACACACACGACGCUCAGAUUACUUAACGUGCACGAACGCUGCUCAGUUCAAUUCCCAAAAACUAAUUCACCGGGAACAGCAGGUUUAAAAAAGGCACACAGGGGAUUUUUAUUCAUUUAAAAAAAAAAAGUCUUCAUUUCUAUUGCCCAAACACCUCAUGAUAAACAAAGUCCGUUCUUUUAAGACGAAUGACUGAAUUUUAUUGUAAAUUAUGAAAGAUUUUUAACACUAUUCAGCCGUUCGUUCCUCUGCAGAACUGCACGUUUAAUGUUGGUCACCCUGCGUCCUUGUGGCAUUAGUGUUAAGGUCGCAGUUAAUCUGUGAACAGAAAACUCUUGAUGUAAUCAGUGUUUGCUGAUCUCACACACAGUGCCAAAGUCCUUUUUUUUUCCAAGUCUGAGAAAAAGCUUGUGCAAAUAACUUUUAUGAAGAAGUGCACAAUAUACUCAAUGCAUGAAGCUUUUUUUUUUCCCCUACUCGGCCUCUGAGCAAACAUGAUGCAUCACUUCCUGUCAUGCUUUUUUUUUUUUCCUUUUUAAAUACUUGACAGAUAUUCUGUCUACAUUCACUGGAUAUGAGCAAUCGUGCGCUCUGAUUGGCUACUCUGUUACUACUAGGAUAUCAGCUCGUAUACCGUGAGUGGGGGGGGGGAUGGCGGAGCAUGUUGCUGAACCAACCGAGGAUGAAAUAAAAGCCAAUCAAAAACAACCCCCCCCCCAAAAAAAAAAAAAGUUAGGUGAGUUUUUUUUAUUUUUUGCAGGAAUUUUUUCAUCUCAUCUCAUUAUCUCUAGCUGCUUUAUCCUGUUCUACAGGGUCGCAGGCAAGCUGGAGCCUAUCCCAGCUGACUACAGGCGAAAGGCGGGGUACACCCUGGACAAGUCGCCAGGUCAUCACAGGGCUGACACAUAGACACAGACAACC